AUGCCUUCGGGCGAUGAUAAACCUCCGGACCUCGUUCGCCCUACUCCAAAGCAAGCUUCGAGGGUUCUCAGAAAGUCUCGGCGUACCUGGGGUGGGCUUUUGGGUCAGGCUCGCUCCGCCAGCGGUCUUCCAAUCUCCUGCGCCAACAUCAAUAGCCUUCUGCACAACACGCCUGCUCUACCUUCUUCCGCCGAAGUCGAGGAGGUCGUAUUCAGAGACAAAUGGGUUGAACUAGGGGGAUUUGGUGUCUGGGGCCUUGGCUCAACCAGAUGCGACCUUGCUGGUGAAGUGAGGAACUCGUCUCGGACACGAGUGGUGAUCGCGACACGCCAACCACAGUACUGCACUCUUUCAGAAGAAUUUGGCUCUAAUUGGACUGGCUUUGGAGGAGUCCGUGGCAAGGGCUCAACGGGGAAUUAUCUCUCUGCAUUGGUAUUGGGCUGGUCAUAUGUCCUCUCUGCCUGUCUAGUCGAACUCCGCCGAACAUCAGACAGCGACACAGUCCUCUACACCGAGGCAAAGGCCUUGUUACUCAGUGAUGCAAAGCCAGUUGCGGAGAGCAAUGGCUUUGUCGUGCCGAUCGGUUCUGCAGAUGCGGCGGCAUGCCGUUGGUGGGCAGCUAUCCUCGCUGCUGGCUGCGGUUGGCAAGCUGUUCUGCAUCGCUCUGACUACGAUUACUAUCCCGCCUGGUCCUGUCAUCUGGAUGAUAGAGAGCAGUUCAAGAUCCAUCUUGAUCAGCCUGUCGAUCUUUCUGCGUUCGCGUCUGCUUGUCCGCCGUCCUCCGCGCAGGCGUUACAAUAUCUUCAUGACUUCGCCAGAUUGCACAACGUCUAUGACCGACUUCUAGCAGCACUCACCGCUACCUUGACCAUUCCUGAGGAGAAAAGACAUGGUGUGCCUGUUGUCCUGCCCAGGCCUGGACAUGCGCUCGCGGCCAGCAAGAAGGCACAGUCCACCUUGUUUUGUAUGAUACCUCCAGAACGUCUUCUCCCACACUUCAUGGCGUUUAGUUGCAUCUUUGCCACAGGGACUACUGCAUUUUGA